CACAGCAAACCAACCCCAAACACAAACAAGUCCAUCUCUGUGUCACAGCCACCCCAUCCUCAUGGGGUUUUUCUUUCAGUCUCAAGGUAGCUGAUAGUUGGCUCACAUCAUUCUCGACAUCUAAAAGGUUUUGGAAGACACGUCAUGUCACUUUUUUCCUAUACAAGACACAUGGAUGAUGGCGAAGAGGGAAUGUUGAUGGCAGAAGAUCAUGGCCCUGAUCUGAUUCAUCCUCAGGAUUUUAGGGGGCAAUGUGGCAUCAACAGAAGUAAUUUAGCCUAUUAUGACUGUGAAGAGAGAGAACAGCCAGUGCCCCAUGAAAGUUUGGAUUAUUUGCCUUCACACAGUGGAGUUUAUAAGAAGUGGCUACAAGAGAAAACAUACGGAAAAGAGUGGGAUCGAUGGCUGCUGAUGGGGCUAAUUGGAACAGCAGUGGGGAUGCUGGGGUUUUUGACUCAUCAGAUAGUUGAUUCUCUCUUCAAAUUGAAAUGGGACCUGGUGGAAAGUUACCUGAAGGAUGGCAACUUCCACCUGGUGUGGGUGUGUGUGCUGGGUCCUGGGCUGGCCAUGGUCCUCGUGUCCUCAAGCUUGGUGCUGUUCUUUUGCCCAUCUGGUUCACCAUCUGGCUUGCCUGAAAUCAUUGGAUAUUUGAAUGGCACUUCUAUUCAACAUCUAUUUAACAUCAAAACCUUCCUAGGGACCUUUGUCUCCUGUGUGCUGGCUGUAGCCUCUGGACUCUUCUGUGGUCUGGAAGGUCCCAUGGUCCAUUUGGGGGCUAUCCUGGGUUGUGGCCUGAGCCAGCUGCAGUCAGACACACUUGGCAUCCACCUUCCCUUCUUCACCAGGUUUCGGAAUUCAGCUGACAAGCGCAGCUUCAUUACAGCCGGUGCGGGAGCAGGGAUAGCUUCAGUAUUUCGUGCCCCCAUCGGCGGGCUCUUGUUCACUCUGGAGGAGGUAUCUUCCUUCUGGGACAUCAGGCUGGCCUGGCAAACCUUCUUUUGCUGCUUGACAGCUACCUUCACCACAGAUUUGCUGUCCUCAUCGCUCUAUGGGUUUGUUUUCAGAGGUCACUUUGGAUUUUUUGAAGCAGAAAAAAGAAUUCUGUUUUGGGUUAAGAAUUUGCUGGACGUGCAUGUCUUGGCCUUCAUUCCAGCCAUCCUACUUGGAAUGCUUGGAGGUCUUCUGGGAGCUCUCUUUGUUUCCCUUAAUAUAAAAAUUAAUAAGUUACGUAUGCAGUUCUUUAAUUCAAUUCCAAAAUCAUCCCUUAGCAAAACAAGCAAGCUGCUGGAAACUCUGCUUAUUCUGGUAUGUACUACGACUGUAACAGUAUAUUUGCCGUAUUUCUUUCCCUGCACUCCUGUCAUGAAUGCUGGAAACUAUCAGCUGAGAAACAGCUCAGAAAUCAUGUACCAAUUCAAGAGGGAGAUUUCAGAAUACGGAUGUUCACUGAACACAUCAUGGAUUGGUCCAGAUGGAGUCAGAUAUUCUAAUCAAACCUUCAAUCAAGCUGCUGCUCUUCUGGUUGAGAAUGGUAAGCGAGGGAUCACAUAUCUUUUUAAACGUGGGACUCAUGAGGAAUUUGGAUACACAUCUCUCUGCACUGCUUUGGCACUUUAUUUCAUCCUCAGCUGCUGGACUGCAGGUUCUGCUGUUGCCAGUGGCGUGGUUAUCCCGAUGCUGUACACAGGAGCUUUGUAUGGCAGGAUAAUCGGUUUGAUCCUUGUUUCCAUUUUUGGUGUUCAAAAUAAUAAAUACGGAGCAUGGAUUGAUCCAGGUCUCUUCGCUGCCAUUGGAGCUGCCUCCUUUUUCAGUGGUGUGUCAAGACUAACCAUUUCCCUCACUGUUAUCAUGGUAGAGAUCACAAAUGAUGUCCAGUCCUUGCUGCUGAUAAUGCUGGCUGUCAUGACGGCCAAGAUGGUUGGUGAUAUUUUUAACACAUCCCUGUACAGCUCCCUCCUGAGGCUGAAAUGCAUUCCUUACUUGGAUGUGGAACCUUUUGUUCAUCACAGGAAAGAACGGCUGAACCUAGAAUUGUUCUCUGCCAGGGAUGUCAUGGAGCCUCACGUGAGAGUCCUUCACCUGAAGGAAAACAUUGCCUCCUUGGCUUGGCUUCUUGCAAGCACAAGCCAUGGUGGAUUCCCUGUGGUUGGCAGGUCCAAGUCUGAUCAGGCACAGGUGUUUCAAGGAACCAUUAAGAGGUUAGAGCUGUACAUGUUGCUGGAGAACGAGCACAUCUUUGAACCAGAGACAAACAACGAAUCUUUCUCCUUCUCACAUCCUCUACCCUAUGAGAAGAUAACAGUGGAGAAGCUGCCCAAGCCGUCGCGCCUGGCCAUGCUGCUGAAUCGCUACACUACAGAUCCCCGGUAUCAGCAACUCUUCAUCAAUCUGGAGCCAUACAUAAACAAAUCGGCCAUGUCAGUCCAAGCCCAUUUCUCACUGCAACGCACGUAUAUCAUCUUUCGCACCCUGGGGCUGCGCCACCUCACUGUGGUCGACUUGCAGAAUCGAGUGGUUGGUGUGAUCACCAGGAAGGACCUGAUGCCUCUCCCCUUGGAGGAGAGGCUCAGACUCCAGCUGUCUGCACACAGCCCUGAUGGGGGGAGUAGCCUCUGGAUUUAAGGCAGUGGAUAGUGGAUUUAAAGCUAUGGAUGCAUUCUCGGGAUUUGUCGCUUCUUUCUGAGCUCAUGCUUCUUCAAGAAAAAAUAAUCAGAGCUUUUCCACUUGAUCCCUUCUGGAAAAGAGAUGCUUAAAAGCUGUUGUAACUAGACAUGUGGGGCUGUAGCCUAGAGCUACGUCUCUACAGCUGUUUGGCGAUUGCAAAAUUCAUUGACUUAAAUGCUUGUGAGGCAGAAUAGGAAUUCAUGUAUUUAUGAAAGAUGCAUAUAAAAUCAGAUCUGUAGGAUGGAUAUUAAGGAGUCUUUCUUCACACUGUGUCUGUGCCUCCCAAUGAAAAAAUGUCAUGACCCCUAGCAGCAAAGUUAUGCUGACAAAACCUUUGAGCUAGGACUAAAUUUCCAACCACUGAACAUCUGCUUCCAAACCAACGUUUUUAUGUUGAACCAUGUAAGUUUAAUUGAAAGGAAAUACUGCCUUGAGAGAAGCAGCCCAUUGAAAGGAACAGGGGAUUGGGCUUUCAUAUUGGCCUAUGUGUUACUGCAAUCCAAAGGGCGAAUUGAAAGUGAAUGAGAAAUCUGACAUGCCUUUCUAUUGCUUACAGUUCUUCAAUUUCUUGACUGCUAGAAUAGGCUCUCUUUCUCUCUUUUAUCCUGAUAAGAGAACAUUUUUAGUUCAGGUCAUGUGUAGGGAGGUAUGUAACAAAUUCUCAUAAUGGGGAUGUAGCAUGAUAAAUUGUCAGAGCAGUUUUUGAUAGCAGCAUAUUUAGAAACUAGAAAAAAAAGUAAAUAAUUCGUCAUGAUUUUGUAGUCAUGCAAUGUUUGAAAGUUUGGAAAGGGUUGGUUGUUAAUAAAUUAAUGUGAACAAUUUUUUGGACGAAGACACUGUUAGAUCUCCUUCUAUGACUUCAUAAUUGAUGUUUAAUUUUAUUCUGUUAAAUACCAUAGGGAUUCACACAGCUUUGAAUAUCAAAACCUAAUAUGCACAAAGGAAUUCACCACUAUUAAUGCUGUUAUAAUGAAUAUCAAGAAAAACCAGUAAUAAUUUACUGUUUCUAAAAAGUUGCCAAAUUCCUGAAAAUGAAUUUCUGGUAUUUGAAUCACGCAGCUUUGAGUCUCUUAUGAAUCAAAGAUUUGUUGGAUUUUCUCCUAUUUUCCCUGCUGGAUCUUGUCUUAAUUAACAAUAAUGUUGCUUUUGUAGCACCACAGAGAAUGCACAGCUCUUUAAAACUGAAAUGUCCAAGUCAAUGCAAACAGCUGGCAGACCAGAAAUGUGUGUAGGUACAUGAGAGAAGCUCUUUAAAUGGUCAGUUAAAAUAUGGUCGUGUACAAGAUGAGAAAUGCCUUCUCAGUCAUCCAUCAAAGAGACACAGAGCUGGAUGUGUAUUCAGAUCAUGUUACAGUUCGUAAUGUUUUGUUCAUUAGCAUUUUAGCAAGGUUGCUGUCACUGUCAGCCUAUGCCUCACCUACCCAAAGAAUGCAAAAAAAAAUUCUUGAAGGAAUUAGGCCUGAUGUGUCCAGAGUUUUACUGGCUGAUGGUGCUAGCAGAAUAGGAGAUCUAAUCUAAAGAGAUUAAGGGAUUUCCCUUGAACACAGCAAGAAUCAACUUUUCUUGUGAUAAUCAAAUCUGAAUAACCUCGUUGUGAAUUUGUGGUUUUGUUUAAAAACUGUUGAUUUCCUUUUCAUUAUCUCCUGCAUAUACAAAGCACACAGAGGCAUGGGUAAUGUAAUUGCUUUUUGCUGACAGUAUCUGUGGCUAAAUGUCUCAGUGCAAUCUGUAGUCAGAGUGUACUGUGCUGGAGACAGCUGGGAAAUCAGUAACUCAUUACCUGACUUUGAACUGGUCACUUAAAUGCCUGGCAAAUCAUUUUCUGUGCCUUUAAAAUUGGAAUGAUAGCAUGGACCCACCACAGCUCCUGUGAAAAGCAUGUGUGCAAAAUAUUAUAAGAAUAUAAACUAUUUAUAAUAAUACUUUGUGCAAGCCAAUUAUAAAAGACGUUGUGAGAAUCCCUCUGUCCUGUGUCAACAAGUAUGGUUUCUAAUGAAAAGUUCACACAAUUUACAUGGAACAUCUUGUAACUAAAUUGUGAAGUAGGGGGAAGAAGACACACUACAUUCUGCCAUUAUCUAGUUAUACAGCUAGAUAACUUUUUAUUUUAUUUUUCUUUUAUUUAAUAUAUGUGUGUUCAUGAAGACAGGUGAAACAGAAUUCCUCCCCCAGGACUUCCUGAAACAAGAGGCUCCUUCAAUAUUCUUGACUACAGAGACAAAUCCAUCUCAUCAUGAACCAUAAUAGUGUAAUACAUAUAGAAACAUGAAAAUAGAUGAAAUCUGUAGGAAACUUUUCAUCAAUAUAUGUUUCCCAUGAUGCACAUAUAAAAUA